AUGCCGUCCCCGACGCCGAGGGCCCGCGACACGUCACACACCGACACGCCCCCUUCGGCGGCAGGCCACGCCCCCACCUGCGGCGGACCACGCCCCCACCUGCCUCGGACCACGCCCCCUUCUGCAGCGGGCCACGCCCCUCCGCGUCCAGGCAGCGCCCCAACGGAGACAGGCCACGCCCCCUCCUGCAUCAGGCCACGCCCACCCGUGUCAGGCCACGCCCUCCUGCGUCGGGCCACGCCCCAACGGCGACAGGCCACGCCCCCUCUACGCCAGGCCACUCCCCUCCUGCUUCAGGCCACGCCCCCUUAUGCGGCAUGCCCCCUCCUGCGUCGGGCCACGCCCCUUCCACGUCAGGCCACGCCCCCACCUGCCUUGGACCACGCCCCAUCGGCAUUGGGCCGCGCCCCUCCUGCGGGGGACCACGCCCCUUCAGCGCCAGGCCACGCCCCUCCGCGCCUAGGCCACGCCUCCUUCAGCGUCAGGCCACGCCCCCGCCGGCGCCGGACCACGCCCCCCUGCGCAGUGCCCCAGCGGCGUCAGGCCACGCCCCCUCUGCGCCAGACCACGCCCCUCUGCAACCGACCACGCCCACCCGCACAAGACCACGCCCCAACGGCCUCAUGCCCCGCCCCUCCACAGAGGACCACGCCCUACCUGCCCCAGACCACGCCCCGUCCGCGCCAGACCACGCCCCCUUCCGCCUCUGGCCCCGCCCCCUCGGCACCAGGUCAUGCCCCUUGUCUCAAAGACCACGCCCCUCCGACCGGGCCACGCCCUUAUGCCUCGCAAGGCCACGCCCCUCCGAACAAUAAUAAGAAUAAUAAGAAUAACGGCAAGGUGAACCAGGUUUGA